GCGCACGGCGCCGCUUUCCUCCCCGCCUCGCGCCCGAGGAGGCUCCGUCCGCACAAAGGGAUCGGCCGCCGGCAACGCGCCGGCCGGGCCCCGCCAUGGCCGGCUACGUGCCGGGGCAGCUGCCACUCAACCGGAGCCAGGAGAAGGAGUUCGUGCAGGCGUACGAGGAUGUCCUGGAGCGCUACAAAGAUGAACGGGAUCGAGUCCAGAAAAAGACUUUCACCAAAUGGGUGAACAAGCACCUGAUGAAGGUGCGCAAGCACAUCAAUGACCUCUACGAGGACCUGCGGGACGGUCACAACCUCAUCUCUCUGCUGGAAGUCCUUUCAGGUGUCAAACUGCCCCGGGAGAAGGGCCGGAUGCGGUUUCACCGACUACAGAAUGUGCAGAUUGCGCUUGACUUUCUGAAGCAGAGACAGGUGAAGCUGGUGAACAUUCGCAAUGAUGAUAUCACAGACGGAAAUCCCAAACUCACCUUGGGGCUCAUCUGGACAAUUAUCUUGCACUUCCAGAUUUCUGACAUCUACAUCAGUGGUGAGUCUGGAGACAUGUCUGCCAAAGAGAAGCUCCUUCUGUGGACCCAGAAAGUAACAGCAGGUUACGUGGGGAUAAAGUGCACCAACUUCUCUUCCUGCUGGAGCGAUGGAAAGAUGUUCAAUGCAAUUAUUCACAGAUACAGGCCGGAUCUUGUCGAUAUGGAGAGGGUUCAGAUCCAGAGCGGCAGAGAGAAUCUGGAACAGGCCUUUGAGAUUGCGGAACGGCUUGGAGUCACCAGAUUGCUGGAUGCAGAAGAUGUGGAUGUCCCCUCACCGGAUGAAAAGUCUGUCAUAACUUACGUGUCUUCAAUUUACGAUGCCUUUCCCAAAGUCCCAGAGGGAGGAGAAGGGAUCAGUGCCACUGAGGUGGACACACGGUGGCUCGAAUAUCAGAACCAUGUGGAAUCGCUCAUCUCCUGGAUCAAGCAGCACACGAUAAUGAUGUCUGACAAAUCAUUUCCCCAAAACCCUGUAGAGCUCAAGGCACUUUAUAACCAGUACAUACACUUCAAAGAAACAGAGAUCCCAGCAAAGCAGCAAGAGAAAAGAAACAUUGAGGAACUGUAUAAACUGCUGGAGACCUGGAUUGAAUUUGGCCGCAUUAAGCUGCCCCAGGGAUAUCACCCCAACGACGUGGAGGAAGCAUGGGGCAAGCUCAUAGUAGAGAUGCUGGAGCGUGAGAAAUUGCUACGGCCAGCAGUAGAAAGGUUGGAAUUGCUGCUACAGAUUGCAAACAGAAUUCAGAAUGGGACUCUCAGCUGUGAAGAAAAACUCACCCUGGCAAGAAACACGCUGCAGGCGGAUGAAGCACACCUGGAGUCAGGUCAGCUGGUGCAGUAUGAAUCCGACGUUGUUAUGUACCUCCAGGAGUGUGAAGGGCUCAUCCGCCAACUCCAGGCAGAUGUUCAGAUACUCCGGGAUGAAAACUUUUACCAGCUGGAGGAGCUUGUCUUCAAGAUUGUCCGGCUUCAAGAUGAGCUGGUUACUCUAAGGCUGGAAUGCACCAACCUUUACCGGAAGGGGCACUUUUCUUCCCCCUCCUCCCUGGACUUGCUGCAGCCUUCCUCAUUGAGCACCAUGCACCUUAAGGCCGAGCCCUUGCUAAAGGGAACGCACACAGCCACUACCACCUCUACCUCCUGGUUCCGGAAGCCAAUGACCCGCACUGAGCUGGUGGCCAUUUCGUCCUCAGAAGAUGAGGGCAGCCUCCGGUUCGUGUACGAGCUGCUGUCUUGGGUGGAAGAGAUGCAGAUGAAGCUGGAACGGGCUGAGUGGGGGACCGACUUGCCGAGCGUGGAGUCCCAACUGGAGGUUCAGCGACACGUUCACGCCAGCGUAGAAGACCUGGGCUCCAGUGUGAAAGAGGCCAGGCUGUAUGAGGGUAAAAUGUCCCAGAAUUUCCGUACUAGUUACACAGAGACACUGGCCAAGCUGGAGACGCAAUACUGCAAACUGAUGGAGACCUCCAGCUUUCGAUUGCGCCAUCUCCAGAGCUUGUACAGUUUUGUGUCUCAAGCCACGACCGAAUUAAUUUGGCUAAACGAAAAGGAAGAGGAGGAGCUGGCCUAUGACUGGAGCGAAAACAACCCCAACAUGGCAGCCAAGCGGAACUAUUUCUCGGAGCUCACAAUGGAGCUAGAGGAGAAGCAGGAUGUGUUCUGCUCCCUGCAAGACACAGCUGAGCUGUUAUCAUUGGAAAAUCACCCGGCCAAGCAGACCGUGGAGGCAUACAGUGCAGCCGUGCAGACUCAGUGGCAGUGGAUUAAGCAGCUGUGCUUGUGUGUGGAUCAGCAUGUGACGGAAAACACGGCUUACUUCCAGUUUUUCAGUGACGCCCGGGAUUCAGAAGGGUACUUGAAGAGCCUGCAGGACACUAUCAAAAGGAAGUAUUCUUGUGAUCGUAACACGAGCCUGACUCGCUUGGAGGACCUGCUCCAGGAUUCCAUGGAUGAAAAGGAGCAGUUGAUCCAGUCCAAGAGUUCUGUUGCCAGUUUAGUGGGCAGGUCCAAAACCAUUGUUCAGCUGAAGCCACGAAACCCUGACCAUGUUUUGAAGAACACCAUCUCUGUAAAGGCGAUCUGUGACUAUCGCCAGAUUGAGAUAACCAUCUGCAGAAAUGACGAGUGUGUUCUGGAAGACAAUUCCCAGAGAACCAAGUGGAAAGUGAUCAGCCCCACUGGAAAUGAGGCUAUGGUCCCUUCUGUUUGUUUCUUGGUUCCCCCUCCCAACAAAGAGGCAAUCGACAUGGCGAGCAGAGUGGAACAGCUGUAUCAGAAGGUGAUGGCUCUGUGGCACCAACUCCAUGUCAACAUGAAAAGCCUUGUGUCCUGGAACUACCUGCGGAAGGACAUCUCUCUGGUGCAGAACUGGAAUGUGGAGAAGCUCAGGGCCUUGGCCCCAGGAGAGUGCCACCAAUCCAUAAGGAACCUGCAGAUGCACUAUACAGACUUUUUGGAGGACAGCCGGGAUUCGGAGCUCUUCUCUGUGACUGACAGGCUGCGCCUGGAGGAGGAAGUGGAGUCGUGCAAGGAGCAGUUCCAGCAGCUUCUUCAGUCAAUGGAAAAUGAGGACAAAGAUGAGACCACAGCUCGGACGUACCUCUCCGAAUUGAAGAACAUCCGCAUUCACCUGGAGGAAUGUGAGCAGCGGCUGGUGGGGACCAUCCGGACACCCAGUAGCACCAGAACGGAUGGGGACGCUUUACAGGAAAACACUUUCCGUAUUGCUGAGCAGGAGCGCUUGAAGGAGGAUUUACAUCAUUUGAAGGCAGACGUGGAACAGCUUUCUGAGAGAUGCAACAUUUUCCUGCACAAAUCUCCCACGGGGUCCAGCACCCCACACCUUCGCUCUGAGCUUAAUCUGCUGGUGGAAAAGAUGGACCACGUCUACGGGCUCUCAUCUGUCUACCUGGACAAGUUAAAGACCGUGGAUGUCAUCAUUCGGAAAACCCAGGGAGCCGAGUCCCUGGUCAAAGGGUAUGAGGUUAAACUGAGUCAAGAAGAGGCUGUGCCUGCAGAUCUGGCCUCCAUUCGAUCUCACCGAGCUGCCUUACAGCAAUGGAUCAGUGAAGUGAAUGAGAAGAGCUCCGUCUUUGCAAUGCUGGAGGAUGACUUGGCAAGAGCAAAAGUUGUGGCCGAUCAGCUCUUCUCUCUGAAGCAGGAACGCAGCCCUGAUGUGGAGCGCUACCAGGAGAAAGGCACCCAGCUGUGGGAUCGCUGGCAGAGGGCCAGCAUGCAGCUUGAGACCCGUCAAUCGGAGUUGGAGAGUAUUGAGGAAGUGCUGAGCUCUUACCGGAACUGCCAUGGGGCACUCAUCCAGUGGAUUGAGGAGACCACAGCCCAGCAGGAACGGAUGAAGCCUGGGCAAGCAGAAGAUAGCAGGGCCCUCUCUGAGCAGUUGAGCCAGCAGAUGGCCCUGUUUGCUGAAAUAGAGGGAAAUCAAACCAAACUGGACCAGUGUCAGAAACUCUCUCAGCAAUACUCAGCUGCUGUAAAGGACUAUGAAUUGCAGCUUAUGACCUACCGUGCUUUUGUGGAAUCGCAGCAGAAGUCUCCUGUGAAACGCCGGCGCAUGCUUUCCUCUUCGGAUGCCAUCACGCAGGAGUUUAUGGAUUUACGGACCCGCUACACAGCCCUGGUCACCUUGACUACACAGCAUGUAAAGUACAUCAGUGAUGCUCUCCGGCGGCUGGAAGAGGAAGAAAAAGUGGUAGAGGAGGAAAAGCAGGAGCAUGUGGAUAAAGUAAAAGAACUCCUGGGAUGGGUCACGAGUUUCAGGCAGAACGCACAGUUCAAAAGUGUCACCCCCAACAGUAAAGAACUGGGAGAUAUUGAGAAGUCCAUUUUAGAGCAGCAGGUCCUAAGUGAGGAACUGGCCGCAAAGAAGGAGCAGGUCUCUGAAGCUGUCAAAACCACCCAGAUCUUCCUUGCAAAGCAUGGUCACAAGCUUUCUGGCCAGGAGAAAGAGCAAAUUGUGACUCAGCUAAAUGCCCUGAAGGAUACUUACGACCACCUGUGUACUGACUCCACAGAGCAGCUCCAGCAGCUUCAGAGCCACAUGGCCCAGGAGACGGCGCAUAAGGGAAUCGAGGUUAUCGCAGGAGUGCUAGACCUUGGCACCAUGGAAGUCCUUCCUGUUUGGGGGGCCAUGCAGAAAGGUCUCAUAGACCAAGAAACAGGCCUGAUUCUCUUGGAGGCUCAGGUGAUCACAGCUGGCCUAGUGGUUCCUGAUACCAACGAAAAGCUCUCUUUGGCUGAGGGCCUGGUGAGAGGCAUCAUAGACAGUAGAACUCAACAGCUGCUCCAAGAACUGCAGGACGUCCUCCAACUAGUAAACAAAACCAACUUAGAAGGAAAGCCAUUUCUUUCUCUAGUGACGAUGAUGGAGGAUGGCACAAUCAGUGAGGGUACUGGGCUGAAAAUCUCAGAAGUUCAGCUUGCCACUGGGGGGUUUAUAGACCCUUCCGGCCAGGGGAGAAUCAGCUUAGAAGAGGCUCUUCAAAGAGGCGUUAUCACCACAAGCUUUCAUGGGAAACUGACAUCACACUUGAGCUCUUGCAAGGAUUUGAUUGAUCCCAAUUCGGCCCAAAAAACUAGCUUGAACGACCUGAUGCGCCAGUGCAUCCUUCACCAGGAGACGGGACUGAGGUUGCUGCCUGUCAAACAACUGGCAGGCGGGAUGGUGAGCUUGAAAUCAGGAAGCAAUGUUAGCAUUUUCCGUGCAGUUCAGGAAGGCUUGAUAGAGAAGCAAGUGACAGUGAGGCUACUGGAAGCCCAGCUCUUUGCUGGUGGCAUUGCAGACCCCAAAAGUGGCCAUCGGUUGACUGUAGAUGAAGCCAUAAGACAUAAUUUGAUUGACCAAGAUCUUGCAUGUGCCCUUCUAGUCCGACAACUUCAGACAGGUGGCAUUAUAGAUACGGUUACAGGAGAGAGGCUCUCGCUCAGUGACGCAGUAAGGAAAGAUUUGGUAGCGUCCAGAAUUGCUGUAGUGAUCCUGGAAUCUCUUUGGUCAUUCAUGGGCAUUCUGUGGCCUGAGUCAGGUGAGAUUCUCCCUGUUGUGGAUGUCUUGAAGCAGGGUAUACUGUCCUCUGAGCUAGCCCAUAAGAUUCUGAGCAGGAGGCAUUGUAUCAAGGCACUUUAUAUCCCUGAAACUAGAGAAAUAUUGCCCUGGAAGAAAGCUGUCGAGCGUGGUAUCCUGGACAGAGAUGCCGCCAAGAAACUGAAAUCAACCUGCCUUCCUGACGUCAUGCCAAAAAUGCCUCUGGCAGACUCCCCAGCUAGAAGCAAAAGAAGCAACCUUCCCUCAGGCAGCCCAACAGAUCAUGGGGACCAAAGUGAGCUUCCCCUAAGAACCAAUGAAGAAAGGAUAUUGUUUUAUUUGAUGACCCACAGUUAUGUCAACGUUCACAAUGGCCAGAAAUUGCUUCUAGUAGAUGAGGAGUUGGUCAACUUUUCUGAAAUGCUUAUGCCAUUCCAGGAUAAUGGUUGGGACACUCACCUCUUUGAAGCUAGCAAAACCCACCCUCCCAAACUGGAUAUUCAUGAAGAAGAUAAGAGUAUAAAACUGGGAGCCGAAGUCUACAAUGAAUUAGCUUUAAAGGCUCCUGAACCUUGUUUAGGUAUAUCAGAAAAAGGGUCAAACAUUUCUCUACCUAAUGAAAUGGUAGAGAUGGAAGGUGGUGAGGCAAGUGCGAAUGUGAAGAUUCAGGAGAGGGAAGCCAAUGCUGCAGAAGGUUUUAAGAGUGAAAUGGAUGACUCCGAAAGACAGCAAGACCUGAUGACACUCCAGAAUGGUCAUGAAACAGAAUUAUCCAGGCACACAUUUAGAGAGGACUCUGCUUUUGACACACAACCCAGGGACACAGAGAUUGCAAAGGAAGACCCAAAGUUUGCAAUACCAUUAGCAAAAGAAAAUACGGUUUUCAGAGACCAAACAAGAAUCCUUGAAAUGGAAAAAAAUGACAUGGCAAAAGACACUAGUAUGUUCAUGGAUGUUUUGGUGAAGAUGGAGGAAUUGGAAGAUUUGAAAGAGAAAACUGUGGAUAAGGAGGCUCUAGCAACAGACGAAGGAGAUCCUGAAACUGUCAUUUUCUCAAAUGUGGGAAAAGUUGAGAACGGAUCACCAAGAGACCGCCUCAACAGAGCUGAAGGGAAAGGCGGAGAGGAGCAUAUUAAAGAAGAAAAAUCACUUCAUUUCUGUAAAAUUGCGAAUUCUGACUCACCAGGCAUGGGAAGAGAUAGUACUCUGAAGACACUGUUAAUUCAGCUCCAGGAAGGUGGCAUCAUUCAUGAGCAAACUGGAAAGAAGAUGCUUUUGGAUGAAGCCAUUGCCUGCGGUGCUGUGCCUAGCCAUACAGCUGUCAAACUGAUGGGUGCAAUGCAAAUGCUUGGUGGCUUCUUCGACGCAGAGACCUGUGAGUCGUUAACCACGGAAGAGGUCAUCAGUGAAGGGCUGAUGGAUGAGAAGUUGCUGCAGAAGGUGCUGACCUCUGACCAAGCCAUCAGUGGUGUCAUAGAACCGCUCUCCAAAACCCUUUACUCUGUCAAGGAGGCAUCUGAGGUGGGUCUCUUGGAUAAGGAAACGGCCGCAAGGAUUCUGGAAGGCCAGGUGGUUACUGGCGGCAUCGUCGACUUCAAGCGUGGCAAGAAAAUCUCUGUCACGUUGGCUUCCAACCUUGGCCUGAUAGAGCCCUCCAGUCAAGAAGACCUUAUAAACCUCGAGAAAGCAUCUAAGGGGAAAAGUGCUGCAGAGGCAACCCAAGAGAAGCUAAUAGCUUUGCAGUUUGAAAUAGGUGGCAUCUUUGAUCCUCAAACAAAAAAACCUUUGACAGUCACCCAGGCAGUAGAAAAAAUGCUCCUGGGUAAGGAAAAGGCUUUGCAGCUUUUGACCAAGCAAAUAGCUGAUGGAGGAAUUCUUCACCACAAGACUGGCAUGAGGCUUUCAAUAAAGGAUGCUAUGGAACAUGGAUUAAUUGGCCAGGGCUACUAUGAAGAACUCACCAAGGCAGAAAGUGUCUGUCUGCACCAGUAUACUCAUCCAGAAAUGAAGAACUGGGUGUCCUCAUCUGAGGCCGUAACCCUGGGAUUAAUCAGCCCAGAUUUUCAAAGCAAAGUUCAAGAAAUACAAGCUGCAACUGGGAGUGUAUUUGACCCCAUUUCCCAUCAGAAAAUUACUUUAACUGAAGCUGUGAAGGAAGGAUUGUUGCCCAAAUCAGUUAUGGAGAAAGCAGUGCAGUCUUCCGAAAUGAAGCAGGCAAUCAUUCAUCCAGACAGCUGUCGAUUGGUCCCCUAUUCACAGUUGUUUAGGGAGAGUAAAAUUGACAUUGAAUCAGGGCAGAGAUAUUUGGAGGUGGUUCCCUUUCAAGAACUGAAAGACGAAGCAACUGGGGACAUAAUUCCAUGUGCUCAGGCGGUGAAGCUCGGCAAGGUAGACCCCACGCUUGCCUUGAGAUUGUUGCAGGCUCAAGCAGAUGCAGGUGGCAUCAUGGACAUUUUUACCGGCCAGAGGUUAUCUCUGGCAUCUGCUCUGGAACAAGGUGUGGUGGAUGAAGAUAUGGCUAUAGCCAUUGCAGCAAAUCAGCUGUUGGCUGGAGGGAUAGUCGAUGCUGAAAGUGGAGGCAGAGUAGCGUUAGAGGUGGCUGUUGAGAAGGGCUUUGUCAGCAAAAACGUAGCUAGUGCAGUUCAAGAAAUUGUGCAGAUCACCCAUGAUAAACCUGGGCAUGGAGACGUAGAUGAAGGCGACCAUUACCAGAUGUUGAUGCAAAAUGGUACUUCGAAGAUGGAAGCUUUGGCUGCAUGUGAUGAUGUUGCAAAGAGUGACGAUGAAAAACAGAGAGUUGGAGGUGAAGCAGUGCACUCUCCCAUGAGUGAAGAUGCCCUAAAGGAUUCUUUGAAAGGAACUCAUGAGGCAUCAAGAGAGAUGGACGAACCUCCAUCAUUUCCCCUCCCUUUUACUUCAGCUGUAGACAGUUUAACUAGUCAGCUUUUAGGAGAAAGCGAGCCAGCCACAGAACUUUCCUUAAUGUUAGAUCCAGAUGCCGCAAGGAUAAGGACCCAGAAAAAAAAUAUUAGGAGGAAAGGGAGGUUGAAGGGGAAAGAAUCCCAGCAAGGGGAGAUAGAAAAGCAAGCAGAAGGCGAGAGAGAGAGAGAAAAGGAACUGGAAAGAAUUGUGUCUCUAGAGAAGUCUGUAAUGGAUGGAAUGAGAAACAUGACGAUUAAUGGGGGUCAGGAACAAAGAGAGGAAGCAUUUGUAGGAGACAGUGGUGGUCAGAGAGGCAGCAAUACUGCCCAGGGGUGUGUGCUGCUAGAAUCCCUGGAUGUGUUGGGAUCUAUGGAACUCAGUUCUGGAGCUCACAGAGGGGAAGGAAAAGCUUGUAUGAAUAGGGACAGACUGAUCACUGUUGCAAAGUCCAAGAAGGAGACCUCAGCCAAAGUACCACUUGCAGAUUCUAAGAUUGAACAACUGAGCCCAAGAUCUGAAGCACUGGGUACUCCCGUUCUUACUCCUUCAGAAAUUGACCUUAAAACCACCAAAAAGAAGAAAGUGAAAAAGGACAGAAAGCAGGCUUCCAUCCCAACAGAACCAAUGAGGUUCUGCGUGUCUUCCCAAGAGAAACAACCCCUUCCUAUUCCAGAUUCCAAGGAAACGUUGAGGAGAAUGAUCAAAGAGCCAUCGAUCUCUGAGAUGCAGAAACCCAUCAGGGAGAAUUCGUUUGGAAGGGGGAUGCGAAGUCUGGUCACGCAGGAACAACUUGAGGCUCAUGAAAAGGAUGUUAAACCGGCAUUUGAAAGAGAAAAAAUGUCGGUUGAAGAAAAAGGGGACAUCAGAGAUACUCAGGAAGUGAACAUUCCUCUAAAGACAGGCGCACUCAGGGAAUUAGCCCAACAAGGUACUAAAACUGAUCACGAAUCCUUGUUGGUAGCAGUUGAUGCUCUUGAAAAAAGACCAUCUCGAGGAAAAGACAAAGAACCACUUAUACUGGAAGAAGAUCAGAUACCCAGAGCACUUGCCAUGGGAGGUGCAGAAUCUCCUGAGACAAGGACACAAGCCCUGCAAGACAGAGUAAUCCCUGAGGACAAGUUGAAUUCUUGUCCUUCUGUUCCAUCACUCAUGCACGUACGUACAACCCAAGAGAUAACCAGCGAAGAUGGAAGCUGUGACAUUCAAGGGCUGAGCAUGGCUGUUGGCGAGGCAGAAGAGACACAGCAGAUGUACCCUGAUGGAGGCCAGUUGUCUGGGCUGAUGACAGAGAUGCCUCAAGAGGGAGAGCUUCCAAGAGGCAAGAAGGAUACUUCUGAAAAGUUAGAUGUGCAAGAGAAUGCAGACCUGAAAUUGACCGAAGAGAAUGAGAAUGCUAGUGACCUACCCAGCAUGGAUGGAGGAGUGGAAGAGAGACGGCGAGAUGCCUCCAAGCAGCUCUCCAAACCUGCUAAGCCUCUUUGCAGUAAACAACUUUGCCUGGACUGUGAUGAGAAACUGGUAGCAUUCCUGUCCAGGGUGCGCAAUAUUGAGCUGCAAAUCCAGCAAGGUCAGCUUGCAGAGAGGAGUUUAGCAGCACAGCACAACUUGCUGCAUCAGGCUGUGGCCUUGGACACAGAGCUGAAGAGCCUGUCAGCUCCAGUGAAUCAGGAGCUGGAAGCAGCGAAAGGGAUUGUGUCCAAUCCUCCCCUAGAGGUCCCUGCGCAACUGUUGAGAGCUUUGGAGAAAGAUGCCAAGAACCUUCAGAAGUUUUUUGGCUCUGUCAGUGAGGUCUCGGCCUCUUGGCUGCUAAACCUUCGCACUGCAGCAGAAUCAGAAAAGACCAAAGUUUUAACACAGUGUGAAGAGCUCCGGAGCAGACUGCAGAAGCUGCUCAGCUGGGUGUCUGACACUACCCACUCGCUCAGCCAUCUUGAAUCUCACAUUGCAACUGGUGCCAACAGCUUGAACUCCAGCCUUCAGGGCUACAAGGAGCUGAAAAAGCCUCUUGCGGACACCAAAGCUCAGCUCGAUGCAGCUGCCAUUGACAUCCAGUUCUUCAUUUCUGAGCAUGCUCAAGACUUGACACCAGAGCAAAGCAGGAAGCUGUUGAGGCUGCUGAAUGAAUUGCAAGGGUCUUUCCGGGACCUUUCAGAACGAGUGGCUGCCCGGGCAGAAGUCCUGCAGGUCUGUCUCCAGCAAGUGGAACAGACAGAUCAGACAUUGCAGGAGCAGCAAGCAAUACGCAGCCAGAAGUUGGAAGAGUUGUGCACCUGGAUGAGUCAGGCUGAGGCCAGCUUGAGGGGUCCGCAGGAAGCAGCCUCAGAAGGGGACCUCCCCAUGCUGCAGCAGAGACAGAGUGAUGUUAAAGACCUGCAGAGGAGCAUGCACAGCCGGGCAGCAUCCUUUGCAAGUGUCUUGAAAACAACAGAGGAGUUCUUGGAAGAGAACAGGAUCAAACUGGAUCCAAGGGAGCUGGUAUCCCUACAAGACAGGCUCCGGGAGGCUAAGGAGAGGUACCAGUCCCUGCAGGAGAGAACAGAGGCGGCCCAGAAGGAGUUGGAGGAAGCUGUGAAGACUGUGGUGCAACAGCAAACAGAGAAGGAUAGAGCAGCCAAAGAUCUGGAAGAAAACCAGAGCAAGAUUGAUUCCCUAUUGCAUUGGAUGGCAUCACUGGAGCAGCCCCAGACACUCAGGGAACAUAAAUUGCACUCUGUAGGGCAAGCAAAUGGUGGGCAUAGAGAAGAAAGAUUCCCGGAUGUUCUCGAUGGCCAGUGGAUGAAGGCAGGCAGAGCUGAAGAGGAUCUCAGUGAGCACUAUGAGAGCUUGAAGGUCCGCCACCAACAACUCCUUUCUCAGCAGCAAGAUGUUAUUCUGGCCACUCAGUCAGCCCAAGCCUUCCUGGACAAGCAAGGGCAAAAUCUGACACCAGAGGAGAAGCAGAGGCUCCAGGGGAGGCUGGGGGAGCUGAGGAGCCAGUACACUGCAGCCUUGUCGCAGUCAGAGACACAGCUGAAGCAAGCGCAGGCACUCCAGGACGAGCUGCAGAAAUUUCUGCGGGACAGUGUGGAGUUUGAGGCCUGGCUGGAACAGGCAGAGCAAGAGCUGGAGAAGAUGUGUAGGGGGGAUGGGAGCCUUGAGAGCCUUCCGUCAAUGCUUCGCUGGCAGAGCGGCUUCUCAGAAGAUGUGAUCUCUCACAAGGGGGAUCUGCGCUUUGUUACCAUGUCAGGGCAGAAAGUGCUGGAUGCAGAGAAGACGGCGGUGGCUACGGCCAGUGGGCCUCCGGGGCCAGAAGUUUUAGCCACUGGAAAACUUGUUAAGAACAAGUUGGACGAUGCCACCAAGAGAUACAGCACUCUGCACUCCAAGUGCACUGCGCUGGGUUCCCAUCUGAACAGGCUGCUGGAUCGCUCUAAGCAAUUUCAGGAUGUAUCAGAAUCUCUCCGGACGUGGCUGCGAGAGAGUGAAGAGGCCGUGUCGAGCCUUCUUUCAGAGUCCAUUUCCUCUGAUCCGGCAGUUCUGCAGAAGCAACUAGCUAGUGCCAAAUGCCUCCAGGAAGACCUUGCAGAGCACCAGGUGCCCGUGAAGCAGCUUGAGAAGGCAGCGCGUUCUCUCUUGGAGAUACAAGAAGCUCCCACGCCUGACCACGAAGUCGUUAAAGAAACUGCUGAUUCUAUCGUGAGUCGUUUCCAGAGUCUUUCCUGCCGGAUGGCCGAACGCUCAGAUCUGUUGCAAAAGUCCAUUGCCCAGUCUCAGAGCGUCCAAGAGGGGCUGGAGACCCUCCUUCAGUCCAUGUCAGAUAUCGAAAGGAGCCUCCAAAGGAACGACGUGGCUUCUUUCUCCUCCUCCUCCAUCCAGGAGUCCCUUGCCACAAACAUGAAGCUGAAGCAGGACAUCGCCAGGCAAAGAAGCAGUCUGGAAGCCACACAGGAGAUGCUGGCCCGGUUUGCAGCAACAUCCGACAGCAGCACGGCAGCAGCUCUGCAGGCCAAGCUGGCGGAGGUGACAGAACACUUUGACAGCCUGCGGCGGCAGCAACAGGAGAAAGAGGAUGCACUGAAGGAUCUCCUCCCCAAGGUGGAGCAGUACGAGCAGCUCUCGGAGAAUCUACGGCAGUUCAUGGAGAGCAGGAGCCGCCUGCUGGCCUCAGGAAACCAGCCGGAUCACGAUAUCGCUCACUUCUCCCAACAGAUGCAGGAACUGAAUUCCGAGAUGAUGCAGCACCAUGAAAACCUGGAGACAUUGGAACGUGUGACUGCGGAGCUGAGCUCUUGUGGGUUUGCGGUAGCAGGCUCUCCCCAGCACCAGGAGAAGGUGCGCAGUUUGCGGAGAGAUUUCCUGCAGCUUCAGAAAGUGGCGAAGGAGAGAGAGAAAGGCGCCUCAUCCUGCCAGGAACAGUUGGAUGAGUUCCGGAAGUGGGUUGGAUCCAUCCGGAAGUGGCUGAAAGAAACGGAAAGGAACAUCCCAGCCACUGAAACCUCUUUGGGCACCCAUGAGUUGGAGAAGCGGCAGCAGCAAGUUGAGUGCCUCUUGGACGAAUGGACGGAAAAGGGAGGUCUUGUGAAGGAUAUCAGCUCCAGAGGGACGGCCUUAGAGAACUUGAUAAUUGAGAUUACAGCUCCUGACGCCCAAUCCAAAACAGGUUCUGUGGUGCCCACCGCAGGAAGUUCUGUAGGCAGUGUAAAUGGAUAUCACACCUGCAAAGAUUUGACAGAAAUCCAGUGUGACGUGUCUGAUGUGAACCAGCUCUACGAAGGGGUUGGCGCCACUUUACGAGAGUGCCAAGAAGAGCUGUCGGCCAUGUUGGCGAAGAUGAGGGAUGCCCAAGAGGAGGCGAACUCGGUGCUGAAGUGGCUGGGGUCAAAGGAGCAGGCCUUCUCGGCCCUUGAAGCGUCCACCUCACCCACAAAGUCGGAGACGAUGAGAGCUCAGGCGGAGCAUAACAAAGCAUUUCUGGCUGAGUUGGAGCAGAAUUCUGAGAAAGUUCAGAAGGCAAAAGAAUCUCUCUCUGGACUCCUGGAGAAAUAUCCCGAAUCCCCAGAAGCUGGAACCUGGAAAAGGAUGCAGGAAGACCUAAAUUCCAGGUGGGCACACGUCAACCAGGUGAUGGUGGAACGGCAGGAGAAGCUGGAAAAGUCGGCCAGUGAGCUAGAAAGCUUCCAGGUGGCAGAAGGCCAGUUGCGCCCCUGGUUGAUGGAGAAGGAGCUCAUGAUGAGUGUUUUGGGGCCACUCUCUAUUGAUCCCAACAUGCUGAAUGCCCAGAAACAACAGGUUCAGUUCAUGCUAAAGGAAUUUGAAGCUCGUAAACCCCAGUACGAUCAGCUGAAUAAGGCCGCCCAAGGAAUCCUUAUCAGCCCUGGCGAAGCGUCUCCAUCCACUGACCGCAUGUGGGAGGAUCACCAGGCCAUCAACCAGAAGUGGACGGAGCUCACGGAACGGCUCAACUCUCGUUCCAGCCAAAUCAACCAGGCCAUUGUCAAGAGCACCCAAUACCAAGAACUGCUUCAGGGGUUGUCUGAAAAGGUGAAGGCUGCCGGGCAGCGCGUGAGCAGCCAGUCUGCCAUUAGCACACAGCCAGAGGCUGUGAAGCAGCAGCUGGAAGAAAUGAGUGAGAUCCGGUCUGACCUGGGGCAGUUGGAGAAUGAGAUCACCGAAGCUCAGGUGCUGUGCGAGGAACUGUCUGUUCUCAUUGGAGAAGAGUACCUAAAGGAGGAGUUAAAGAAGCGCUUGGAGACCGUGGCCCUCCCUCUCAAAGGCUUGGAGGACUUGGCAGGGGACCGAAUGAACCGGCUGCAGACGGCACUUGCAAGCUCUCAGCAAUUCCAGCAGAUGUUUGAUGAACUCCAUGCAUGGCUGGAGGACAAACUGAGGCAGCAGGCGCAGAGCAGCCCAAUCUCGGCCAAACUGGAGAGGCUGCAGUCUCAGAUCCAAGAACAGGAAGACUUCCAGAAGAGCCUCAAUCAACACAGUGGUUCCUACGAAAUGAUUGUGGUGGAAGGUGAAUCUUUGCUGCUUUCCGUUCAACCUGGGGAGGAGAAAGCCAAUUUGCAAAGCCAGUUAGUGAACUUGAAAGCAACCUGGGAGGAGCUUAGCAAACAAAUCGCCAGCCGGCACGCUAAACUCAAAGACUGCUUGCAGAAGGCUCAAAAAUACCAGCGUCACGUGGAAGACCUUUUCCCAUGGGUGGAGGACUGUAGGGCAAAGAUGUCUGAGUUAGAGGUCACCCUGGAUCUAGUGCAGCUAGAAGCCGCUCUCCUGAGGUCAAAAGCUCUGCUGGGUGACGUAGAGAAACGGCGCUCCCUUUUGGAGAUGCUGAACAGCGCAGCUGACAUUCUCAUCAACGCAUCGCAAAUGGACGAAGAUGAUGUUCGGGAUGAGAAAGCGAGGAUCAACCAGAAGAUGGAUGCCAUUACGGAAGAGCUCCAUGCAAAGACAGAGUCCCUUGAAGAAAUGUCACAAAGGCUUAAAGAGUUCCAAGAAAGUUUUAGAAACAUUGAGAAGAAACUGGAAGGGACAAAGCACCAGCUGGAAAUCUAUGAGGCUCUAGGACCCCAGGCCUGCAGCAGUAAAAACCUGGAGAAACUCAGAGCCCAACAGGAGGUUUUGCAAGCAUUGGAGCCCCAGGUGGAUUAUCUGAGGAACUUUACUCGAGGUCUGGUAGAAGACGCUCCAGAUGGAUCAGACUCGUCCCAUCUGUUAAGCCAAGCUGAGGUUGCUCAGCAAGACUUCAAAGCUGUCAAGGAAAAAGUCAACGAAUGUUGCCUACUGAUGGAGAGCAAGCUUGAAGGGAUCGGACAGUUUAAUAACCAUGUCCGGGAGAUGUUCUCUCAGCUGGCUGAUCUCGACGAUGAGUUAGACAGCAUGGGCCCCAUUGGGAGAGACAUAGAUAGCCUCCAGUCCCAAGCAGAAGAUGUCCAUGAAUUCUUGGCCAAACUGCAAAGACUGAAGAUAGACAUUCAGGCUUCUGAAGAGAAAUGUAGGCAGAUGUUGGAGGAUGAAGGGAGCCCUGAUUUGAUAGGGCUGAAACGUGAGCUGGAGACCUUAAAUAAGCAGUGUGGCAAGUUGACCGAACGGGGUAGGACUCGCCUGGAGCAGGUGGAAAUGACGUUGGCUCGUGUCAAAGACUUCUAUAACAAACUGAAGGAGUUGAACCACAUGACGGCGACUGCAGAAGAGAAUGAAGCAUUGCAGUGGGUGGUCGGGACAGAAGUGGAGGUGAUCAAACUGCAGCUUGAGGAUUUCAAGACGUUCCAGAAGGAGCAAGUCGAUCCCCUUCAGCUCAGGCUGCAGCAAGUCAACGGGAUCGGGCAGGGACUGAUCCAGAGCGCAGGAAAGAAUUGUGACGUUCAAGGCUUGGAACAUGACAUGGAAGACAUCAAUGCCCGCUGGAACACCCUCAACAAGAAGGUGGCCCAGAGAAUUGCCCAACUGCAGGAAGCCCUGUUGCAUUGUGGGAAAUUCCAAGAUGCCUUGGAGCCUUUGCUCAGCUGGCUCACGGACACCGAGGAGCUCAUCUCCAAUCAGAAGCCUCCAUCAGCAGAAUACAAAGUGGUGAAGGCCCAGAUCCAGGAGCAGAAGCUGCUCCAGCGUCUCCUGGAUGAUCGGAAAGCUACUGUUGAGAUGAUUCAAGCAGAGGGUGGAAGAAUAGCACAGUCAGCCGAACCAGUGGACAGGGAGAAAAUAGUUGGACAGUUGGAGAGUCUGGGAAGCCGCUGGACUGGCCUCCUCAGCAAGGCCUUGGCCAGGCAAAAUCAGUUGGAGGAGAUCCUGGUUUUGGCCAAGCAGUUCCAUGAGACAUCUGAACCCAUCUCUGACUGGCUGACUGUGACAGAAAAGAAGCUAGCCAACUCGGAGCCCAUUGGGACUCAGACAGCCAAAAUCCAACAGCAGAUCACACGGCAUAAGGCACUAGAGGAAGAAAUAGAGAGCCAGGCCGUGGCUGUGGCUCAGGCAGUGAGGACGGGGCAGUCUCUGGCCUCCCUCAGCUGCAGAGCCGAGCAGGUCUCGCUGGCUGACAAACUAGACCUGCUGGAGUCUCGCUAUGAUGAGAUUUGUGACCGGUGUGGCCGGAAGGCUGCCCUUCUCGAUCAGGCCUUGGCUAACGCCCGGCUCUUUGGGGAGGACGAGGUGGAAGUGCUCAACUGGCUAGCGGAGGUUGAGGACAAGCUCAUCUCGGUGUCCAUCAAGGAUUACCAACGGGAUGUUCUGCAGAAGCAGCAUGCCGAGCAGAUGGCCUUGAAUGAUGAGAUCCUGAACCGCAAGAAGAACGUAGAUCAGGCUAUUAAGAAUGGGCAAGCCCUUCUGAAGCAAACCACAGGGGAAGAAGUGCUACUCAUCCAGGAAAAACUGGACGGUAUCAAGACUCGUUACUCAGACAUCACCGCCACCAGCUCCAAGUCUCUUCGCACACUGGAGCAGGCCCGGCAGCUGGCCACCAAGUUCCAGGCCACGCACGAGGAGCUAACCGGCUGGAUGAGUCAAGUGGAGGAGGAGCUGACAUCUGGCGGAGAAUACUCACCCACUGGGGAGCAGAUCCCUCAGUUCCAGCAAAGACAGAAGGAACUAAAGAAGGAAGUGAUGGAACGUAGGCUUAUUCUGGACACUGUGAACGAGGUGAGCCGUGCCCUCCUGGAACUGGUGCCCUGGCGCGCCCGCGAAGGCUUGGAUAAGCUCGUCUCGGACACCAACGAACGGUACAAGCUGAUCAAUGACACUAUCAAGCAAAGAGUGGAGGAAAUAGAUGCCGCAAUACAAAGGUCCCAGCAGUAUGAGCAAGCGGCUGAUGCAGAACUCGCUUGGGUUGCGGAGACAAAGCGGAAGCUGAUGGCGCUCGGUCCAAUUCGCCUGGAACAAGACCAAACUACUGCACAGCUGCAGGUGCAAAAGGCGUUUUCUAUUGACAUAAUUCGGCACAAAGAUUCAGUGGAUGAGCUGUUCAGCCAGCGCAGUGAAAUUUUCAGCACUUGUGGGGAAGAGCAGAAAGCCAUGCUUCAGGAGAAGACAGAGUCUGUCACGAAGCAGUACGAUGAAGUCAGCCACCUCAAUUCAGAGCGCUAUGCCCGCCUGGAGCGGGCCCAAGUCCUGGUGAACCAGUUCUGGGAGACGUACGAAGAGCUCAGCCCUUGGCUGGAGGAGAUGCAAGCUCUGAUUGGGCAGCUGCCCCCGCCAGCUAUUGACUACGAGCGCCUCAAGCAGCAGCAGGAAGACAUGAGGCAAUUAAGGGAGUCGAUUGCUGAGCACAAACCCCACAUAGACAAGCUACUGAAAAUUGGGCCACAGCUGAAGGAAUUAAACCCAGAAGAAGGGGAGAUGGUGCAGGAGAAAUACUCUCUGGCCGAGGCCACAUACUCCCGCAUCAAAGAGGAGGUCCGUCAACGGGCUCUGGCGCUAGAUGAGGCCAUCUCGCAGUCAACGCAGUUCCAUGACAAGAUUGAGCCAAUGCUGGAGACACUGGAGAACCUGUCUUCCCGCCUGCGCAUGCCUCCGCUGAUCCCAGCGGAGGUGGAAAAGAUCCGGGAGUGCAUCAGCGAUAAUAAAAAUGCCACGAUGGAGCUGGAGAAGCUGCAGCCAUCCUUCGAAGCCCUGAAACGCCGUGGGGAGGAAUUGAUUGGGCGAUCCCAAGGAGCUGACAAGGAUCUGGCAGCAAAAGAAAUCCAGGAUAAGUUGGAUCAGAUGGUGUUUUUCUGGGAAGACAUCAAAGCUCGGGCCGAAGAACGUGAAAUCAAAUUCCUGGACGUCCUAGAACUAGCAGAGAAGUUCUGGUAUGACAUGGCUGCCCUCCUGACCACCAUCCGAGACACCCAGGACAUUGUCCAUGACCUGGAGAAUCCUGGAAUUGACCCAUCCAUCAUCAAGCAGCAGGUGGAAGCCGCGGAGACAAUCAAGGAGGAAACAGACGGUUUGCAUGAAGAACUGGAGUUCAUCCGGAUCCUGGGGACCGAUCUGAUUUUUGCCUGUGGCGAGACGGAAAAACCAGAAGUGAAGAAAAGUAUUGAUGAGAUGAAUGGUGCUUGGGAAAACCUGAACAAAACCUGGAAGGAGAGGCUGGAGAGGCUUGAGGAGGCCAUGCAGUCGGCAGUGCAGUAUCAGGAUACUUUGCAGGCUAUGUUUGACUGGCUGGACAACACGGUGAUUAAACUCUGCAACAUGCCACCCGUGGGCACCGACCUCAACACUGUCAAAGAACAGCUGAAUGAGAUGAAGGAAUUUAAAAUGGAAGUUUACCAGCAGCAAAUUGAGAUGGAGAAACUGAAUCAUCAGGGGGAGCUGAUGCUUAAAAAAGCUACCGAUGAGACUGAUCGAGACAUCAUCCGGGAACCGCUGACAGAACUAAAGCAUCUUUGGGAGAACCUGGGUGACAAAAUAGCCCACAGGCAGCACAAGCUGGAAGGUGCAUUGUUGGCCCUUGGCCAGUUUCAGCAUGCAUUAGCCGAACUGGUGGCGUGGCUGACGCACACAGAAGAGCUGCUGGAUGCCCAGAGGCCCAUCAAUGGCGACCCGAAGGUCAUUGAGGUGGAGCUGGCAAAGCACCAUGUGCUGAAAAACGACGUGUUGGCCCACCAAGCCACAGUGGAAACGGUAAACAAAGCAGGAAAUGAGCUCCUGGAAUCCAGUGCGGGAGAUGACGCCAGCAGCCUCCGGAACCGGCUGGAGAUGAUGAAUGCAUGUUGGGAGUCAGUGCUGCAAAAAACAGAAGAGCGAGAACAGCAGUUGCAGAUGACCCUUCAGCAGGCCCAGGGUUUCCAUGGUGAAAUUGAAGACUUCCUCCUAUGGCUCACAAGGAUGGAGAGUCAGCUGUCAGCCUCCAAACCAACAGGUGGGCUGCCGGAAACUGCCCGGGAACAACUGAGUGCCCAUAUGGAGCUCUAUGCCCAGUUUAAAGCCAAUGAAGAGGUCUACAGCCAGCUGUUGGCGAAGGGGCGGCUGAUGCUUCUGAGUCGGGAUGACUCUGGAUCCGGAUCAAAGACAGAGCAGAGCGUGGCCCUCCUGGAACAGAAGUGGGGCCUCAUCAGUACCAAGAUGGAAGAGAGAAAGUCCAAGCUAGAAGAGGCACUCAACUUGGCCACAGAGUUCCAGAACUCCCUCCAGGACUUCAUCAACUGGCUGACUCUUGCCGAGCAGAGCUUGAAUGUGGCUCCUUCGCCCAGCCUUAUCCUCAGCACUGUGCUCUCACAGAUAGAGGAUCACAAGGUCUUUGCGAACGAAGUGAAUGCGCACCGGGACCAGAUUAUCGGUUUGGAUCAAACUGGGAACCAGCUGAAAUUCCUGAGUCAGAAACAGGACGUGGUCUUGAUCAAGAAUCUCCUAGUCAGUGUCCAGUCACGCUGGGAGAAGGUCGUCCAGCGUUCAGUCGAAAGGGGACGGGCUCUGGAUGAUGCACGGAAGCGGGCAAAACAGUUCCAUGAAGCUUGGAAGAAGCUGGUUGACUGGUUGGAAGAUGCAGAAAAUCAUCUGGACUCUGAGCUGGAAAUUUCCAAUGAUCCUGACAAAAUCAAGUUGCAGCUGUCUAAGCACAAGGAGUUCCAAAAAACACUAGGUAGCAAACAGCCUGUUUAUGACACCACCAUUCGAACAGGAAGAGCACUGAAAGAGAAAGCUCAGUUUCCAGAUGACACCCAAAGCCUGGAUCAUCUUCUUGGGGAGGUCCGAGACAAAUGGGACACAGUGUGCGGCAAAUCUGUGGAAAGGCAACACAAACUGGAAGAGGCAUUGCUUUUCUCUGGCCAGUUCAUGGAUGCAUUGCAAGCAUUGGUCGAUUGGCUGUACAAGGUAGAGCCACAGCUGGCUGAAGACCAGCCAGUGCACGGAGACCUGGAUCUGGUCAUGAACCUAAUGGAUGCCCACAAGGUGUUCCAAAAGGAGCUCGGCAAGCGAACAGGCACUGUUCAGGUGCUCAAACGCUCUGGCCGGGAGCUGAUCGAGAACAGCCGUGACGACACCACGUGGGUGAAAGUGCAGUUGCAGGAGCUGAGCAACCGCUGGGACACUGUCUGCAAAAUGUCUGUCUUGAAGCAAACCCGGCUGGAGCAGGCCUUGAAGCAGGCUGAGGAGUUCCGGACUGCUGUUCACAUGCUGCUGGAGUGGCUCUCCGAAGCCGAGCAGACCCUCCGCUUCCGGGGGGCUUUGCCUGAUGAUGCCGAAGCCCUGCAGUCCCUCAUUGAUGUGCACAAGGAGUUCAUGAAGAAAGUUGAAGAGAAAAGGCUAGAUGUGAACUCCUCCGUGGCAAUGGGGGAGGUCAUCUUGGCUGUGUGUCACCCAGACUGCGUCACCACCAUCAAACACUGGAUUACCAUCAUCCGUGCACGGUUUGAAGAGGUUCUUACAUGGGCAAAGCAGCAUCAGCAGCGCCUCGAGGCAGCCCUCUCGGAGUUGGUGGCCAACGCGGAGCUUCUGGAGGAGCUCUUGGCGUGGAUCCAAUGGGCCGAGACCACGCUAAUCCAGCGGGAUCAGGACCCGAUGCCGCAGAACAUUGAGCAGGUCAAAGCCCUCAUUGUUGAGCACCAGUCUUUCAUGGAAGAAAUGACCCGAAAGCAGCCAGACGUGGACCGGGUUACAAAGACAUACAAGAGGAAAGCCACUGAGCCAACGCACGGGCCUUUCACUGAGAAAUCCCGAAGCAAUCGAAAGUCCUUGAACCAGACUGCUCCUCCUCCCAUGCCCAUCCUCUCCCAAUCGGAAGCGAAGAACCCACGGAUCAACCAGCUGUCGGCCCGCUGGCAGCAGGUGUGGCUGCUCGCCCUGGAGCGCCAGCGCAAACUCAACGAUGCCCUGGACAGACUGGAAGAGCUGAAAGAGUUUGCAAACUUUGACUUUGAUGUCUGGCGGAAGAAGUACAUGCGCUGGAUGAACCACAAGAAGUCGCGUGUCAUGGACUUUUUCCGACGGAUCGACAAAGAUCAGGAUGGGAAAAUCACCCGGCAGGAGUUCAUCGAUGGGAUCCUCGCAUCUAAAUUCCCCACAACUAAGUUAGAGAUGACUGCUGUAGCCGACAUCUUUGACCGUGAUGGGGACGGCUACAUUGACUACUAUGAAUUCGUAGCCGCUCUGCACCCCAACAAGGAUGCUUACCGGCCAACAACAGACGCAGACAAAAUCGAGGAUGAGGUUACAAGGCAGGUGGCCCAGUGCAAAUGUGCUAAGAGGUUCCAAGUGGAGCAGAUUGGAGAGAACAAGUACAGGUUCUUCCUCGGCAACCAGUUUGGUGAUUCACAGCAGCUGCGGCUGGUCCGUAUUCUGCGCAGUACAGUCAUGGUUCGUGUCGGUGGAGGAUGGAUGGCCCUGGAUGAAUUUUUAGUGAAGAAUGAUCCUUGCAGAGCACGUGGAAGAACUAACCUCGAACUUCGAGAGAAAUUCAUUCUCCCAGAGGGAGCUUCUCAGGGAAUGGCGCCAUUCCGCUCCAGGGGUCGCAGGUCCAAGCCUUCCUCUCGGGCAGCUUCCCCAACACGAUCCAGUUCUAGCGCCAGCCAGAGCAAUCACAGCUGCGCUUCUAUGCCCUCCUCCCCAGCCACGCCUGCCAGCGGGACAAAGACUCUGCAUCACUUCACUCGCUGUUAUGACAAACCCUGGUUGGUAAACAGCAAGGCAGGCACCCCUUUGAGGGUCUCCGAUACUGCCGACCUGCACCUGUCUGCUUCCGAGGCCACCCCAUCUUCAAGCAGUAAACUGAAGCGACCCACUUUCCACUCAAGCAGAACUUCCCUUGCUGGCGAUACCAGCAACAGCUCCUCACCAGCUUCUUCCGGGGCCAAAACCAACCGAGCAGAUCCUAAGAAAACCACCAGUCGCCCUACAAGCCGGGCUGGAAGCCGUGCAGGCAGCAGAGCCAGCAGCCGCCGGGGCAGCGAUGCCUCCGAUUUUGACCUUCUGGAAACGCAGUCGGCUUGCUCAGACACUUCAGAGAGCAGCGCAACGGGCGGGCAGAGCAGUUCCCGACGGGGAAUGGCAAAGCCUUCCAAAAUCCCAACCAUGUCCAAGAAAACAUCCACUGCCACCCCCAAAACUCCAGGCCCCAAGAGAUAAUACUCCAUUCUCACAUGCCCACCUCUAUACACACACACACACACACAAAACCCUGUGUCCGGUUUUUAAUCCUGCUUCAUACAUUGGAUGUAUAUUUAUUCUACACGGGAGAAAUUAUAUUGUUAAAAGUGUAAAAGAAUAAUUGUGUUAUGAAGCUGCCUUAUUUUGUUCUGUUUAUUUUUUUUUUCUUUGUAAGUUACUAUUUUCAUGUGAAUAUUUAUGUAGAUAAAACUUGCCUUCUGGUGACCUUCUUUGCGUUGGGGGGCCCAGGAAAGCAAAUUGAAAUGUGGAAGAGAAUACAAGCAAGCAAAAAAGGUCAUGAUGUGAAAAUGUAAGAAAAAAAAGAAGCAAAAAAAAAUUAUAAAUAGGAUUUCUGUGCAGUGCAGGAGCCAAUCCUGCUUUAUCUUUUAGGAUUGUUUCCUAAAUGCAUCUUUAUAAAAACUUAACUUGCUGUCUCAGCAAGGUUAAAAUAUAUUUAAAAGCAACACCUGAAUAUCCAGCAGUGUUUAAGGAACUCUUUCUUUCCUCUUCUUUUUCUUUCUUUUAUUAUUAUUUUUUUCUUUUUUUGUAAAUCAUGGAUACCUCAAUAAGAGAGAAAUGUGAGGUGUUGGGAAUCUGGAACUUCUGUUUCCAAUUUUUAAUAGAAAUCAUUGUGGGUGGUUUUUACCUGAAGGUCAGUGGAGUGAGUUUGAAUAAAGAAGUAAAAUUUUGCACAUGCUUCAUACAGUAAAGAAGCUCACUAAAAAGUGCUGCAUUCUAGCAAAACAAAAGUACUGUCCGCAGUUGAGCUUUUUAAAGAACAACUAAUCUUACGUUUUCAGGGGGCUGCACUUACCGCUGUCCAGAAACAUCACCCUGGUGUGGGAAAUCGGGGGGGGUUGGGGACGCAAGAUGACAUUUUUAAUAUGGGGACAAAAAGGGGAGCUACUGUGCCUCGUUCUCCAGUCUCAUCACUGUAAAAGACUGACCACUUUUUAAGUUCAAGAACUGCUAUUUAACUGCAUCAAUUUCCUAUUUAUUGUCUCAACUGGUAAAUUCCACACCGGACCAGACUGACGUUUGCGGGUUCUCCACUCCCGAGGAGAAAAGCUGGCUUCCACACGCACCGUAGCUUGUUCUGGGAAAUGUUUCAGAGUCUAUCACCAGCAGCCCACUUGCUAGCAAGCCCCGUCUUGCUUUUUGUAUGCUCAUUUUUUUCCUUUGUAGAGGAAGUUUAAAAAAAAAAAAGCUGAUCAUGUGACCAUACAUGAGGGAGGGGAAGGGAGUGGGGGGGGGCUCUCUGGUCUUCCUGUAUUAUUAACUUUUUGCUCUUGGCCCACUCUGACCACAUUGCUGUGUGAUUCUCUCAGUUGGUUAAAUUGAGCCAGAACUCUGAAGCUCUACCAAUGAAUUGUUAAAAAACAAAAAAAGAGGGGAGACACUUUUUGUAUUAAAAUUGCUUGCAGUAAUAAUAAAAGGACCCUGGCCUCUUA